GACGGGAACCGGGGAAUGGGCCAACCUGGCACCCGGCAGCAGCGGCGCAGGUUUGGGAAUGGAAUCCCCUGGCUCUGGCCGGGGUGCCACCACGUGUGUCAACCUAUGCAGGAGAAGAAGGACCCGCUCACCCACUUCCACAUGGACACCCUGCUGAUGACCACGCAUAACCUGCUUUUCGGUGGCACCGAGACGGUGGGCACCACGCUGCGCCAUGCCUUCCUCAUUCUAAUGAAAUACCCCAAAAUUCAAGCCCGCGUGCAGAAAGAGAUCCACAAGGUGGUGGGUCGCUCACGGCAGCCCACGCUGGAGGACCGCAGGGCCAUGCCCUACCCUGACGCUGUGAUCCAGGAGGUGCAGCGCUUCGCCAACGUCAUCCCCAUGUACCUGCCGCACUGCGUCAUCAAGGACACAGAAUUCCAGGGCUUCCUGAUACCCAGGGGCACCGACGUCAUCACCCUCCUUAACACUGUGCACUACGACCCCAGCCAGUUCAAGACACCCCAUGAAUUCAAUCCUGAGCAUUUUCUAGAUGCCAACCAGUCCUUCAAGAAGAGUCCAGCCUUCAUGCCUUUCUCAGCUGGGCGCAGGCUGUGCCUGGGGGAGCCUGCCAGAAUGGAACUCUUCCUCUACUUCACCACCAUCCUGCAGCGCUUCACCUUGCAGCCGCUGGGGGCGCCCGAGGACAUCGACUUGACCCCACUCAGCUCUGGGCUGGGCAAUGUGCCCAGGCCUUUCAAGUUGCGGGUGCUCCCCCCGCUGACACCCCCACACCUGGAAGCCUGGCCUGUGAGCUGGGUGGCGGGGUGUUUGUCUAGGGAAUGUUCUGUCCUCCUCCUCCACCCGGUUCCUGGCUGGUUGUCACAUUCUGUUCCCACCAUCCUAUGUCCAUCCUCUCAGGCUGGCAGCCCACUGAGGUAG